AAUCGUCGUCGUAGUCCUAGUAUAGGCGCCUAGGCGGUAGGCGCGGUGCAACAGGUGACCCGGUGCGCGCCUAAAAGCUCCUAGCAGGAGUCCACACGACGCGACGUUCUAAACACCGACGGCGGUGACGACGCUCCUGUCAAAAAAUAGACAUUUUCUUUGUUCCCAAGGAGGUUUUGUUAAUUGUGUGUUUUUUUUUGGAUAUCAGCUGAUUGAAUUACGUCAAUAGACGCGCGUGCGGACGAUUGUUUCCUUUUUUUUUGUUUAUUUGUUGCGUGUUGGUGUAAAUAAAUCGUGGUGGCUACUCUUGGAAAAAUUUUUUUUUUUUUGGUUCAAGUAACGCAUUUUUCGUGACCGUCCGGCCGGUUGAAAUUGUAAUUUUUCUUCGUGCUCGGAACAAAACCCGGAACUGCUUUACUUUAAUUGCUGUUCUUGUGUAAUUGUUAUUGGGAGCAGAAUAUAAGUAAUUAAUUGACCGCCUUUAUUGUUCGUAAUUUGGGUGGAGUAAAGAGCAGUCGUGCGAUUAUAAAAUUGGAAAAUGUACUUCUGCAUGCAUACAAUUUGAACUCUAUGUCGCCCUACAGCCGAUACAGACCGUUAUCCCCGGGGACGGACUCUGCGGGGGGCGGAGGCCUAAUGCUUCAGUCCACCCCAUCCCCGAACUCUUGUCGUACGACCGCGAGUGCCCAAAGUGCCUGUAGAUUCUUACGAUGGAUUUCCAAGUUUGGACCACAACCUGUGAAUAAAAAUGGUUUAGGUUUCGCAAACGUCAUGCCAGACCUGAAAAUUGACGAAGGGGUCUUGGACAUGACUGCCACGGAGAGCACCAUCCGGUUCAGUGUCCACACCCUGGACAAGGCCACCAAGGCUAAGGUCACAUUAGAAAAUUACUAUAGCAAUCUCGUAGCGCAGCAUGUAGAACGCAAACAAAGAUUAGCAAAAUUAGAAGAAUCACUAAAAGACGAGAGCCUGUCAGAAGAACAGAGACACGAGAAACGACUGCAGCAUGCGCAGAAAGAAACAGAGUUCCUUAGACUGAAACGUUCCAGGUUGGGUGUAGAAGAUUUUGAACCCCUAAAAGUGAUAGGGAGAGGGGCGUUCGGCGAGGUCCGAUUGGUUCAGAAGAAGGAUACGGGUCACGUGUAUGCCAUGAAGAUCCUGCGGAAGGCGGAUAUGUUGGAAAAGGAGCAGGUGGCCCAUGUGCGGGCCGAAAGGGAUAUUCUGGUCGAGGCCGACCAUCAAUGGGUGGUCAAAAUGUAUUAUAGUUUUCAAGACCCAAUCAACCUGUACCUAAUAAUGGAAUUCUUGCCCGGCGGCGAUAUGAUGACCCUCCUAAUGAAAAAAGACACGUUAUCAGAGGAGUGCACCCAAUUUUACAUUGCUGAAACGGCCCUAGCGAUAGACUCCAUACAUAAAUUAGGAUUUAUUCACAGGGAUAUUAAGCCUGACAAUCUUCUAUUGGACGCUAAAGGGCACUUGAAACUGAGCGAUUUCGGUUUGUGCACCGGCCUGAAAAAGUCGCAUCGCACUGAUUUUUACAGGGACUUGAGCCAAGCGAAACCGUCAGAUUUUAUAAUCACAUCCUCGCCGAUGGAUUCGAAACGACGCGCCGAAAGUUGGAAAAAGAACCGAAGAGCUCUGGCCUACAGUACCGUGGGUACCCCCGAUUACAUCGCACCCGAAGUCUUUUUACAAACCGGAUAUGGACCGGCCUGCGACUGGUGGUCGCUCGGGGUAAUAAUGUACGAAAUGCUGAUCGGUUAUCCGCCCUUUUGUUCCGAAAACCCCCAGGACACUUAUAGAAAAGUGAUGAAUUGGAGGGAGACGCUGGUAUUCCCUGCCGAGGUGCCAAUCAGCGAGGAAGCCAAGGAUGGUAUUAUAAAGUUCUGUUGCGAGUCUGAACGAAGAUUGGGGUCCCAAAAAGGUUUAGAAGACCUCAAACUCAUCCCGUUCUUUCGAGGAGUGGACUGGGAGCAUAUUAGGGAGAGACCGGCAGCUAUUCCCGUUGAGGUCCGAUCGAUAGAUGACACCUCAAACUUUGACGAUUUCCCUGACGUUAAAUUAGAAAUUCCUGCCGCCCCAAUGCCUCAAGACGGCGAGGCCAUUUACAAGGACUGGGUGUUCAUAAACUAUACCUUCAAGCGUUUCGAGGGUUUGACGCAGCGGGGCACCCCCAAGAAAAACUAAACUAUUUCCAGUAGUUCUCUUAUUCCUCGACGUGCUUUAAUUGGGAGGAGGGGGCUCGGGCUAUGAAAAUAUCGAUAUUGGAAUCGAGAAGAGCCCGAGCCCUCGUUUUAAGUAGAUGGAACAGCUGUCAGACGUCACCUGUCACCGGGAAUCAUCUACGAUUCGCAUAUUAUUACAAUAUGAUUAAAAAUAUAAAUAGGUCUGAACACUGUUUUGCUUUAUAUAUUUGAUGAGCUGUGAAAAGGCGUAGAUUCGCUUGGGACUGUAUACGUUGCUUUUUCUGUAUAUAACGAGUACAUCGGUUAUUAUGGCUUUUAAUACAUUCAGCGGCGGUCCCAAGCAGUUUGUGUACAUGUUAUUUUGUUUUAUUGUUACAAAGUGAUACUUUUUUUUAAAUUAAUUAUUAUUUUAAGUUGUUUUUUUUUUUAACUUAUAUUAGACUUCCGGUCCGUUGUUUGAAGGCCUGGGGGACUAUUUUGUAAUUUACUAGAGUAUUUUCUUAAAUUUUUGCACCCUUUUUAGGUCAAUUUUUUUUUGAUCAGAUUCGCUUUUGAUGAUUGAUAGUUUCUGUCGGUGAGAUCAUUUUUCGGGAGGGGGAGGGAGGGUGCUCAACGUGUCUUGUGAUGAAUUUCCUUUAAUCUGAAUAGGUUUAUAUAGAAAAUAGCAUGUCACGUAGAGGUUAUAUAGAUAUGUACUAGUUUUGAUAUAUUUAAAGCGUUUUGGUAUACAGCGCAGGUAUGUAACUUGGAAUUCGUUAAUAAAUAAAAAAGGGUCUGUUCAAAAAAAAACGUAAAUUGUUAUUUUUAGUUGCGCAUAAAAACAGUUAUGAAAAACGAUAUUUUAGCAAUAUUAAGAGUGAGUUCUUUGAUUAAUAAUGUUAUUUCAAUCGAUAAUAACUUAAUAAAAAAACGAGAUUUAUCAAAAACUACUUAAACUGAAUAACAAAACAUAUUUUAAAGUACUGAGAAAAUAAUCAUUUAAAAAAAUUGUAAAGAUUUAAGAGAAAACUAGAACUUUUAAAUAUUUAGAGACUUUCAGGAAGCCCUCGAAAUUAUUUCAUCUUAGAGCUCUUGUGUCAAAACGCAAGAUUAGUAUCAGAAAGUAUUAGAACUGAAUCAAUUUAAUUUUUUUAUUGAAUUAAUCGGCAGAAAUCUUUAGUUGACUACUAUAGAUUUCUAUAUAUAGAAUAGCAUCCACAACGCAUAUAACGCGAUUCUCACUGCGCUUUGUGGAUGUUAUUUUCUGAGAUGCCACCACGACCCCUUGGACGUCUUCUAUGGUUAAGUAGUACUGCAAAAAUCCAAGAAAAAGAAAUAGAAAAUUUUCUCGAAAUUCUCAAUAAAGCUUUCGAAAAUAAAAGCUUUAGAACUAUAUCUUUAAAUAAUAAUAUUUACAGUCGUUUCUCUAAAUAUUGAGCCAGAUGAAUAAAAAAUCCGCUUAUACUUGAAAAAUUCAAAGUAAUUGUUUCAAGGGGUAUGCAUUAAAUUGUAAAAUAAGUUGUAAUAAAGUUCUAAAAUAAUCCUUUUGUUUAAAAGUAGGAAGCAAAGGCUCACGAAAUAAAUGAUUUGGCUUCAAAAGUAUGAAUAAAGGCAAUAGUUUGCUUAUAAGUGCAAGCAUUUACUUGUGCUAAUAGUGCUGCUAUUUAAUAGCAUCAGGUUAGUGGUUGGAUUCAGUUUUCUCAUAGUCGCUAUAAAUGGAAGCACAGUUGCACAGACUUUAGAACUGUGCACAAGGUAGUUUAUAUGUCCGACUCCUAUUGGAGCAAUAUUGUUCACACGAUAAGAUAGUAGUAUAUAUAGUAUGUAUCUAUAUAAAUACUACUAUGUUAACGUGUGAACAAUAUUGCUCCAAUAGGAGUCGGGCAUGUAAACUACCUUGUGCACAGAAACGUAAAAUACACGGAGACAAAUACAUUAAACGCAAAGGGGAAGCAACUUUGAACGUGUAAUAUAAAUUAAGUAUUCACCAGCGUCGAUGUGAGCUGGCCGGACCUGGUUCGGAACAUGACAACUGAAUCUGAAAAAAUUUUGACGUUAAGGAGGUAAUGCGACGUACAGAGAAUUCCGCUGACAAAGAAGUAGAGGUCUUGUAAUUUGAGUGUCACGCCAAAGGUUCCAACCACGGAAUUAAGCAUUUGUUUGCAAGUAGAAGAAAUUGAAGCAAAAGCAAUUGCUUUAUUUAAGCAUUUGCUACACCUUUUACCUUAUGCUUGUAAGCAUUUUGCUAAUGAGUGAAACACCGAGAAUUCAACAUUAAUUCCUUGCUGUCAAAGGUUAAUGCAAACUAACAUUCGCGUGGAAUUUACCCUAGCCAAAAACCAGACAGAAUAUAUUGCUGCUCCUGGAAAAAAUAUUAAGUUCAGGAGGGAAAAGUGCAGAUAGUGAGGAGUGCGUGGCACCUUGUUCCGUAGGCAUCCUUAAUCAUUACAAGGACUUCCAUAGCCGUUUUCCUGAAUUUCACAACGAUUUUGAGCUCUUGAAUUGAGCUCUGAAAUUGAACUUUUUACUACCGCGCCAAGGUAUUCCGGCCCCUCUACGCCUGCAAAAAUUUAGUUCUGCCACUUUUUGAUACUACCGUCACCCUGACCAUCGACGCAACUCUUAUUAUUUAUUAUUUAUAACAUUAUAAUAUUUAACAUCUGAUUCAAGAAAUUAAAAAAAUCUACUUUAACUUCAUUUAAUAUUAUGCUGUUGAAAGCAAUGUCAGAAUGUAUUAAUUUUUUAAUUUCUUGAAUGGCCAUCCAAAUGUCCGGGUAUAACACGUAUGGACUUUUUUUCCAUUGAAGAAUUACAAAUGUCUAAAGCGAGUUUCAGUUCGGUUUGUCGGUAUUGUCAGUUAAAAACUGGAUAUUUUAAGCUUCAGUUGUAAGUUAAUGACCGAAAAUGUACUUCAUAUUUGGUACUUUUUGGGUGAAUUGGUCAAGUGCUGAGCCAAACUAUGUGUUCCUUGUCAACAGUUUAAAUUAUGUUUGGUUUAUCUUUAGGGACCUACAAUAGGUAGAAAGGAUGUUUUAAAUCUUUUUAUAAAGAAUUACGACGAUAAUUAUAUUUGUAAACUAUAAUAUGCAUGUCAUAUAAACAGAAAAAAGGAGAGAUAACCUAUAUACACGCCGAAAUUAACACAAGUUGAUUUUAAGACUAUGUGCUUUUAUUUUAUUGCACCUUUUUGGACUAGAAUUGGACUAUGGUUAAACGUUUUUUCUAUUUUUUUAAGACCUUAUUCUUUAUGUACUAAUUUUAUCUUCAACGUUUUUUUAACCCCUUUUGUAGAUGUAACCCAAAUUAGCUUAAUAGGCCGCGUAUACCAUAUAUGCGUCACGAUAAAAAUAGUUUUCUUCGCUAAAAACAUUGUAAAUUUUCUUUAGGCAUAAGCCAUAAUAUCUUGAAGAACCUAAAAAUUGAGUAGCAUAAAAAAUGGAUGUUAGAUUGGACAUUUUAUAUGAAAAAUUGGACAACUAAUAACAAUCGACGUUCCCCCACUUAUUUAUUAUCGAAUUUAUUCCAAGUAACACGCUUGCCCUGCAUACAAACAUUACGGUGUCGGCUUACAACAAAAAUUUCCUUUGUUUGACGACAUAUCACAUCAAGAUAACGUCCGUUUGUCUCUGGGAGAAAAAAAAAUAGAUGACCGCCUGUAUUUAUUAUAGACAGUAAAUAGUAGCUCUCUAUAUUAUUUUAUUUAUUUCAAGCAUUCGAUAUGACAAAAAAUAAAUUGCUACAGGGCAAAUAAUAUCGCUGUUAUUUAUAUUAAAACCGUUUGUAGUAGCUGGUCUCGCUAACAGGACUUGUAAAUAUUAUGUUUACUUCCGAAAGUUGUGUAAAACUAAAAAAAAUAUUAAAUAAAAACUAUGUGCUUAAAGA